AUGGUGAAUAGACAUGGACAAGAGCUCGAACAACCGAAAGAGUUUCUUGAAAGACUCCUGGCAAUGAAGAUUGCAAAACUCCAGCAGACGAUUGACAGUCUGCACGCCUUGUCUUCAUCAUACGACAAGGGAACUGCGCUGCUUUCUGAGCUCCAGACCACAACCCCUCCGAGGCCGCAUGGCCCGAUGUCUACGUUGAUGUCGAGUGGGGUGGAUGGAAGGUUGCGAUUCGUCACAACGAGCAGCCCGAUCCUGCAGUUUGCAAACCGUCCGGACAUUCAAGCGAUCGGUAGCAGUGGAAAGCCUCUCAGGGUUCCGAUGACCGGCGAUGAAGACGACGACGACGACGAAUGA